GAUGACCAGAUCCUUGGUACAAAAAUGAUUUACUUAUCAAAGCAAAUCAACACCCUUCGGCAGCAUGUUGAAGAAAACAAAUUGGAAAGACGAUCAGCUUGUUGGGAGGAAAUGGAUGAUAUCACUGACUUUCCAAACCUGGAUGAAGAGCAACUGAGGUCUCUGACAUGUGGCACGUACCAGCUGAAAUUAUCCCCAAGCUAUGCCCAGGAACAUAUUGAAGGAGAUUGUGCCAUUCAUGUCCACAAGGAGGAGCCAGGUCUAGUACGAAUCAGAAUGCAGAGUCGUCAUGUGUCAUCCAGGUCCUACCUUCUGUGGAUAAAGUAUGCAGAGGGUGCAAUAAUUGCAUGGUAUUGUAAGUGUAAGGCUGGUGCUCGUGUUGUUGGCAUGUGUGCACACAUUGCAGCCAUUCUAUGGUAUGUGGGGUAUGCACGGCACCAACCAGCGGGGCGAAUAGGUGUGCGUGAUUGGGGGGAGUUUCUGGAAGAUGCCACUUUGGUUGAUGAGUCUGAGAGUUCCAGUGAAGGCAGUGAAAUAGAAGAGUAAAACAGUUGUACCAGAGAAGAAGAUAUUGAUUGUUAAAAGAGAGAGAGAGAGAGAGAGAGAGAGAGAGAGAGAGAGAGAGAGAGAGAGAGAGAGAGAGAGAGAAGAUAUUGAUUGCAGAGAGAGAGAGAUAGAUUUUGUAUCAUCUUAUAAGUUGUUUUUAUUUCAAACAUCAUUAUUUCCUAUAUAUUCAACUUAUAUUUAUUUGGAAGAUUCCUUCAUCUCACUUUGUGAUCAUAAAAUGAUACAAUCAAUUAUUUUUAUAUUAACAUGAGUAAUUAAAACAAUUUUCAUACUCUUA